AUGUCGAUCUUCAAGGAUGCCCGCGAGGGAACCCUGGAUUGCGCCAAGCUGAGAAGCUACCUUGAAAACAACCCCAACAUUCUCGACGAUGUCGACCCGGAGUCGGGCUUGACGCCCCUGGGCAUCGCCGUCGUUGAAGGGCUUCCCGACGUGGUCGAGGAGCUCCUGAAGAACGGGGCCCAGACAGGCCACCAAUCCAUAGACAACGCCACGCCGCUGCUCCUCGCCGCCUGGAAGACGGUCAAAGAGCGCCCCCUCAUCAUGCAGAAGCUCCUCAAGGACAUGGAUCUCAAGGGCAUGACUCCCAAGCUCGUCAACAGGACGGUCAAGGCUACCGGCAACAAGACGCCGCUCAUGCUCGUCAUAGAGAAGGAGGACCUCGUCUGCGUCAGGAUGCUGCGCUCGGCGGGGGCUUCGUUGAACAUCAAGAACGACGACGGCUUCACCGCCGAGGAGAUGGCAAAGUUUUCCAAGAACCUGGCCGUCAUGCGUGCGCUCCGCGGUGACGAAAAGGAAAAGGAACUGCUAGCGAAGCUAGCUUCGGGCGUGGUCUCCCUCCUCCUUUAUGUCAUCACCUUUCUGCGCAAUCUCGUCUGGAGGACGGAGCGGAAAGCCGUCCAGCCGGCGCGCCUUCCCGCCCAGGUGGUGAUCAAGGCCGAGGACCCCAACGAUCAGUACUACAAACUUAACAAGGAAGUGAUUGGCGACUCUGAGGAGCCGUCGACGCCGGAAGAGUUCUUCGGGAAAGUCGACAGCUUCCUCCAAGACCACGCCGUCGUGCCGCGCUUCUUCAAGGACAAGGACUUUGUUCAAAGCAUGGCUCGUAAGGUCGCAGACCUGGAGAAGGACCCGGACACCGACCUCGGCAAGCCGGGAGUCCUGGCCAAGACGAUCAAAGUGACCAUGCACCAGCAGGUUUUCUACUGUGACGACAGCUCUUCAACCAGGCACGAGAAUCGCUGGCAGACCCAGAGGGAUCUCGUCAAGCGCAUCGCCCGCAUCACCACCCGCAUCCUCCCCGAGGGCGAGGGCGUCGCCCUGCGCUUCAUAAACCAGGACGUGAGCGACAAGUCCUCGAACCUGACCUUCAAUGAGCUAUGCAACAUGAUGGACUCGGCGAACUGGAUGAAGAAGGGCAGGACCGACAUCGGCACGCACCUGCGAUCCAAGAUCCUCGAGCCCAUGGUCUACAAGAAACUCCUGCAAAACACCUUCACCCGGCCGCUGCUCGUGUCCGUCGUCACCGACGGCGUCCCCGAUCCCGAGGACAAGGACACCCUCGCCAUGGCCAUUGAGGAGUGUGGCUCAAGGCUUGUCGUUGCCGGCUGCCCUCGCGACAGCGUCAAGUUUUUGAUUGGCCAGGUUGGGGCGUCGAAGAAGGCAGCCGACUUCUUGGAGACGCUCAGGAACAACAAAGAGAUCGAGCCAGUGACGUUUGUUGUUUCCGACAAACUUGACGCCAAGCUUGCAGAGUUCCACGACAACGACCGAGAGCUGGACCGAUGGCUCAUCGAGACGCUGUUCGCCCCGAUCAGCAAGUCCGAGGUCCUCAAUCCCUCGGGGAUUCCUGACGAGCCGGAGGGCGGAUCGGACGCGGAGGGAGAACUUGAGCCACUGGACGAACCAGACUCGGAUGCAGGGGAGGAAGGGCCUGAGUGA